AUGACUUAUUCUAUGAAGCAUGCACUACUCGUGGGCCUCACUCUUUCUACGGCAGUGCUUGGUCAGGAUUGUGGCAGAUAUACCGUGUUCACCGAUAGAGGCGCGAGCUCCAAUGAUUUCAACUGCGAUGCAUUUAUUGAUGAUGCUAUGAUGCCGUAUCUUGCAUGGUUUAACGGCACUACCACGGUAAGGACUCCCUCGCGAGAACGUGUCGUUGUCGAGGCACAAUCUGACAGGCAUUCGCAGCUCACCCUCACUGGCGGACCGGCGUCUGAAUGCUCGGACACAACCUGGGAACCACUGAAAAACUCGUUGCUCAUUGGCGGCAUGACCGUUCCUGGCAACAAAACGCUCGACCGGACCAAGUAUGAUAACAACACCUUCUACUUUGUCAUGCCUGAGCAGUCAAACGACAAUAUCAGCGUAUCCCUCCAGUCCUCGUCGGACGAAUGGUACGACCAACCCCAAGGAUGGCAGAUCAACGCGACCAAAGCUGGAGAUGGCUACGACAUCGCCGGCUACUGGUUUGGGAAAUUGCCAGACAACAACGAGCUCGACUUUCCCGGCGUCCCUGGCAAACAUUGUUGGGACAGCGGUCCAGUCUGGCCGGGAAUGAAGGGCUACUUUGACGAAUACAAAUGGACCCUCGUCGGGCACCUGUCUCCCACGGCCGCAAAUCUCAGUGUCAUCAUGACCGAGACAGACGAUGAUGGAUCAGUGUGGCAUAUCUACACAAAUUUCACUGGCAAGGCUGGACCAAAGGGGCCCAAGUUGGUGACUACGGGGGACGCGCCGACCACGGAUGCACAUGCUUGA